CCAUAAAACACAAAAUAAGAAGAAGGAGAAAGCGUUGGAGCAGGGAGGCACACGCAAUGUUUGUUUGACCACUGUAGUUCAGAAUCUUUGAAAAUCAUGAGUUCUUCAGACGAAACAUGUAAAGGCACGAAACGACCCGCAUCUCCAGAUGAAUCUGGAGCUGCACAAUGGGAAUCAGCAGAUUUAGGGACAGACGAAAGGAAGCACAAGUUUUUGAGGCUGAUGGGAGCAGAAAAGAAAGAGCACACUGGACGCCUUGUUAUUGGGGAUCACAAGUCAACUUCCCAUUUCCGUAGCGGGGCAGAGGAUCAGAAGAUUACCACAGAGCUCGAGCACCAGUAUCAGCAGGGUCUGGAUGGGAAGUUAUCAGGAAGGAAUAGGAGACACUGUGGACUGGGCUUUAGUGAGCCCGAUCCACCUGCUGAGAGUGCGAGCGCCGCUGUGCCCGAGAAGUCAGACAGUUCAGAAAAGACCCCUGAACAACCAUCAAAACCAAACAAGGAUGAGAAAACGCAUUCAUCCGACACAGAGUCCGAGAAACAGGAACUGCACACAGACUCAAAGGAGGACAAGAAAAUGGCUUUUGUAAAAUCCACAUAAAUGGCAUUGUUUUUUGUUGUAAUUUCUUGAUCUCCUAAAAUGCUGCAGUGAGGUAGUGUGAGAGAGAGAGAGAGAGAGAGCACAUUUUUAUUUCCAUUCAAAUUGAAAAAUUGUCAGUUUCAAUUUUUUAUGUAAUUAUGUCAGUCGUCAAGUUAUUCAGACUUGCCUGGUCUUGUUGAGAAUGGUUUAUUCUUUAUGAAUUAAAGGCAUAGUUCAUAUGAA